AUCGUUUUCUAUAUUGCCAAAUUUAUAUUAAUUAACAUAUAGGUUUUAAUUUAUAUAUAUAUUUAAAAAUGUUUGAUAUACCAGAAGAACUUGUUUAUGCUGUAUUAAUUAUUAUUAUCUUAUAUCUUGUCAAAGUUAUUGCAUCACCAAAAGAAGUUGUUGUAGCCAAACCAAAGCCAAAACCACAAUAUGAAAAAAGAGAUUAUACAUUAGAAGAACUUAAACAAUAUAAUGGUACCGACGAAACCAAACCAAUUUUCAUUGCAAUCAAAGGUAAAAUUUAUGAUGUCACUGCCAAAAGCUCAACAUAUGGUCCAGGUGGUGCCUAUAAUACCUUCUCUGGUAAUGAUGCCACAAUUUGUUUAGCCAAAUCCUCAUUCGAAGAUGCAGAUAUCAAUAAAAAAUGGACAGAAAAAUCACUUGAAGAAUUACCAGAAGAACAUAAAGAAUCAUUAAAUGGCUGGAUUAAUUUCUUUUCAGAAAGAUAUAUUUUAGUUGGAAAUGUUAAACAAGAAUAAAUAAAUAAUAAUAAUCAAAUAAAUAAAUAAAAAAACUAUUUUAUAUUUCUUUUAAUUUAGAAAUCUAAAAAAAGUAAUUAAAAAAAAUUUAAAACAAAAUUAAUAUCCGCAAUAAUAUAAUUUAUCAAAUUUUACAAUUAAAUAAAUACACAAUUAAUUAAAUAUACAUAGAAAUAAAUAUAUAAAAUUAUUCUUUGUUUUA